GCACAAAACGGCUUUGUUACAAGAAAACAAAUCAUCAUCAUAGUUGAAGCAAUCAGUAGUGAAUUGCUUCGUUUGUUUUGGAAAUUUUGAAAGAGAAAAUCAAUCGGUAAAAAAUGGCAGUGGAUCCAAGCAGAGACCGAGCCUUGGGCGACUAUCGUAAAAAACUUCUGGAACACAAAGAAGUCGAGUCUCGUCUCAAAGAAAUGCGCGAGCAAUUGAAGGAAUCAACGAAGCAAUUCGAUAAAUCAGAGAAUGACUUGAAAGCACUUCAAAGCGUCGGUCAAAUUGUCGGUGAAGUACUAAAACAGCUGACGGAAGAUAAGUUUAUUGUCAAAGCAACGAAUGGGCCGCGAUAUGUGGUGGGCUGUCGUCGUCAAUUGGAUAAAACAAAAUUAAAAUCUGGCACUCGCGUUGCACUCGAUAUGACCACAUUAACAAUUAUGCGUUAUUUACCACGCGAAGUUGAUCCAUUGGUUUAUAAUAUGUCGCACGAAGAUCCAGGGGAGGUCACCUACUCAGCUAUUGGUGGUUUGAGUGAACAAAUUCGUGAAUUACGUGAAGUUAUUGAAUUGCCAUUGAUGAAUCCAGAAUUGUUCCUUCGCGUUGGUAUUACACCACCAAAGGGUUGCUUGCUUUAUGGCCCACCAGGUACUGGUAAAACAUUGUUGGCUCGUGCCGUUGCUUCGCAGCUCGAUGCAAACUUCUUAAAAGUCGUGUCCAGUGCUAUUGUUGAUAAGUACAUUGGCGAGAGUGCACGAUUGAUUCGUGAAAUGUUCAAUUAUGCCCGCGAUCAUCAGCCAUGCAUCAUUUUCAUGGAUGAAAUCGAUGCGAUUGGUGGUCGUCGUUUCUCGGAGGGAACAUCCGCCGAUCGUGAAAUUCAACGUACGCUCAUGGAAUUGCUGAAUCAAAUGGACGGUUUCGAUUCAUUGGGUCAAGUGAAAAUGAUAAUGGCAACAAAUCGUCCGGACACUCUUGAUCCGGCCUUGUUGCGUCCAGGUCGUUUGGAUCGUAAGAUCGAAAUUCCAUUGCCAAAUGAACAAGCCCGCUUGGAAAUUCUUAAAAUUCAUGCCGGACCAAUAGCCAAGCAUGGUGAAAUCGAUUACGAGGCCAUCGUUAAAUUGUCAGAUAAUUUCAAUGGAGCCGAUUUGCGUAACGUUUGUACUGAAGCUGGUCUUUUUGCUAUCAGAGCUGAACGGGAGUACGUGAUACAAGAAGAUUUCAUGAAAGCCGUACGCAAGGUGUCCGAUAAUAAAAAACUGGAAAGCAAAUUAGACUACAAGCCAGUAUAAAAAUAUUUAAUAAAAAAAACACCAUGGAUUCACUUCGAUAUGAAAAUAUAAACAUUUAUUAUAAAA